CAGGAGAAAGCAACACACCUCUGCUCUCUAGACACUGUGAGAACUGAGACUGUGGGGGAAACUGGCCCUGCCCAUAUGGCAGAGAGCCAUUCAGUUCCAUGUGGUAUUUACUGGCGUUCCACCCUGAAAUGCGAAUGAUAGGAUAGAUCCUUAUUGGCAACAGAAAGUGGAAGUUGGGAUCUUUGUUGGAUGUUAGUUUGGUUUGUUUACUUAAAUCUAAAGGCUUUUUCUCACUCUGUCUGUGUCUCUGAAAAUUGCUCUCAGGCUGUUCUACUGUUUUUCCCAAAUGGUUAAAAAACAGGUGUGUCUUCCUGAUGUCACUGAGCUAUAGAGGAUUCUUUGGGAAAACAAAGGACAGAGAUUGAGACUGAAGCUCACACUUGGCCAGGAAGUUUCCUACCCAUUGCAGGAGAAAGAUUGCUCAGAGAAGCCAGGCACUUGCUUUCCUUCAGCUGAAAAGAUCAGUUUUCUAAUGUCUGAACUAGAGGCGUGGGAAAUUCCUCAAUCAAGGCAGAGCUUCCUCUGAUUGUUAAAAAGCCUGAAGCUUUACUAGAGUCUCUGCACUCUUUAACCCAUUCACCUAGAGCAAGAAAAGCGGCCCCAGCAUCUCUGCCUGUGGAUGACAUCUCUGGCGUGCUGUUCUGCAAUAAAGUAUUGGGUGAAAUGCUGUCCCUGGGCAUUAAAGUCUUCUGCUUCCUACUUCUAAUUGUCACCACAUCUACCCACGCUUCGAUGGAAGUUAAUUUUGAACUUAAUUUUGAUCCAUUCAUCCAUCACUCACCUCGCAGCAAAUAUGGAACAGAAGAGAACAUCCCAACAGACCUGCACAGGCAGAAGCGACGGGUAGCUGCACUUGGCUUUUCUCCUGUGGACUACAAGGUUGACAUUGAGAUCAUUUCUACAGAUUCAUCUCUCUUGGAAUCCCUCAAAGAUUAUUUCAAGAAUCUUAGUUUUCCAGUCAUAAUAAACACCUCAGAUGCAGCAAUGAACAUUUCAAGCCUCAAUAUUACUACAGUAUGCAGUCUCAUCAGUAAUAAUAAGACCCAUUGUUCUUGUGAAAGUGGGUACGGAUGGCCAGCUGCAGUGUGCACUGCCAAGUCAAUCUGUCCUGGUACCAUCCCAACACAAGAGGAGAUCUGUGACUGUAUCACAGAGUUGCCUUCUCAAGGACCCUAUUGUCAGCUUCAGCCUGCAGGCAUUGCUACCAUCACAUUAAAAUUAUCAGUCAGACUUGGUGUAGGUUUCCAGGAUGCUCUCAAGAAUUCCUCUUCUGAACUGUAUAAGACAUACGAAAAAGACUUGGAAAAUGCAUUUACAGCUAGCUACAAAUCUUUGCCUGGCUUCGUAUCAGCAAGAGUCACCAGUUUCAGGGCUGGAAGUGUUAUUGUGGACUAUGAGAUCAAAGCUGCCCCAGUAACAGUCUCCCAAAUCAAAAAUUCCAGCAGAAACAUUCAACACUCACUAGAUGCAUCAUAUAUGUUAAUCCCUAAUUCAUUAGAAAUAACAGGUCAAACCAACUUCUCUGUGUCCCCUGAGGACAUUUUCCAGGGGGAUACAGUAAUAAUGAAUUGUAAGACAUGGGUGGAUACAGGGAACGUGACCUGGUAUCAUUCUGGACAUGAAAUCUUGAAUAGCAUCCGGCAUUCAAUACGUACAAUAACUAUAGAAGAAAUUACAAAGUCAGUUCUGGAAAUUACCAGAGUUACACAGCAUGAUACUGGUCCUUAUACUUGUGUUUUCAUGAGCAGCAGUGAGGACUACACAUUGUCAUUUAAAGAAACACAAAAUAUAACAGUAGCUCCAAUAAACGUUGUGCAAUCAGGGGACACUGAAGUUGUAUGUGAUGGUACCAAAGUAACGCUGAGCUGCUGCGUUGAUGGAAAUAUACGAUCCUUUACUACUAACUGGAGACCAAAUAGAGCAACAAAUAUUUUGGGAACCGUCAGUUUCACUCCAAACUGUACUGAGUACACUCUCCAAGCCAAUCAGUCUCAGUGCCCAAACAAGUCUGAACCUGAGAUAACGUACACGUGUGAUGUGAGCACAGGGCAUGGCGCCCUCAGAAGUAAAGCCAUCAAAGUGACGUAUUUACUAGUAGCAAAUGUAGAAAUAUCUUCAAACACAAAAGCUCAAGUUUCUCAGGGACGCAAUUUUUCUCUAACAUGCACCAGCAAAGUGAGCAAUUGCAAUAAUGUCACCUGGCAAAUCCAGUCUCAAAUUAUAGACUCUGGGCUAUACCUCUGUAACUUGGAAUCCCCAAGCAAUGCGAGGUCCGUGCUCACAGUGAAGGCUGCCACUCAGGCCUGGAAUGGCACCUAUACUUGCACGUUCUUUCAGAAGUUUUUGCCAAGUUCUGCUAGUACAACAGUUGAGAUUGUUCCUCUGCCUCUGGAGCAGAAUAUUGUACGGGAUCCCAUUCAAGGAUUUAUCCGAUGCAAUGUUUCUCAGGUCCUAAAGUGCUGCAUAGACGGAAUGGAAAACUAUAAUGUUACGUUCACAGUCCGACAAAUGGAAUUUAAGGGUGUGAGAAAAACACAAGGAAACCAAGUGUGCUACACAUACAAUUACACAGAAAGCUGCAACCUGCAGUCAGAUGUCACAGCAUAUUGUACCUUUGUUAACCGCAUUCAAGAUAAGGUCAAAAGUUUACCUAUGAACCUAAGUAUUAUAUCAGAAAAUAAAGUUACAUGCUCAAACAGCAUUGGUGUGGGACAGCAAGGAGCACAGAUAAUAAAACCAUGCCCAGACUCUAAAGAUGUGAAUGGCACGAGCAUCCCUGUCAGAGGGACUAUAAUCUAUGUGUGUAACAACACCAACUGGGAAGUUGCUAGAAAGAGCUGUAUAUCUGACCGAAUAAACACACUGCUCAGUAGUGCUGAGGCUUUGGUGUCUGGUCCCCAGCCAGCAGAACAGCUAGCCACAUAUCUUGAGACUCUUCAUAAUAUUACGAUAAAGGAACAACAAGAAAUAAACAAUUCAUCUGCAAACCUGGGGGCAGUAAUUACCAUUCUGGAUUUGGUUUCAACCAUCCCAACAGAUGCAGAGCCACACACAAUGACAAAUUUCCUCUCUACAGUGGACAUUAUUGUCAACAGUUCCACAAUACCUGCCUGGAAAGAUCUGAACAAUCAGCAGACAGAGAAGAGUUCUCUGUUACUGAAAUCAGUGGAGAAAUUUUCCCGGUCCCUCCAGCCAGCUAAUAAUAUCAUUCCUUCUAUCACCAACACCAACCUUCAGCUGCAAGGUAUCAUUAUCACAGAAAAUAGUAUGUUGGACUAUAAUAAGAACUUUAUUUUCCCCAGUUCAGCAAACCUCAGCGGUAAUGUGCUAAUUAGAAGAAAUGAAACUGAGAACUUGAAACCAAACUCGACCAUCAUCACCGUGGCUUUCUCAACCCUCAAAGAUAUUCUGCCCAAGCCCAACGAGACAGGUAAGGUUGUGAAUAGCUUGGUGAUGACGACAACAACAAUGAACAGCACGCUCCCUCCGGACUUCCAGAUCUCUCUGACAUUUGCCAAAAGCAAUUCUUCCCUGGAAAAGCCCCAGUGUGUCUUUUGGAACUUCUCUCUCUCUGGUAAUGCAGGAGGAUGGGAUGACACCGGUUGUCACCUGAAGGAUGAAGGAGACAAUAUCAUUUGCAUCUGCAGUCACUUGACUUCGUUCUCAAUUCUGAUGUCGCCCGAACGGAAGCAGACCCUUCCUGGAACCCUAGAUUACAUUACCUACAUCGGCCUGAGCAUUUCCAUAGCGAGCUUGAUGAUCUGCAUAUUAAUUGAAUCCCUGGUAUGGAAAUAUGUGACCAAAAACAGAACCUCCUACAUGCGUCACGUCUGUAUAUUGAACAUAGCUGUGUCUCUUCUGAUUGCAGACAUCUGGUUCAUUGUCUCUGCCUCCCUACAAGACACAAAGAAGCUAGUGAAUGGGAAUGUCUGCAUAGCUGCCACCUUUUUCAUCCACUUCUUCUACCUCAGUGUCUUUUUCUGGAUGCUUGCCCUGGGCCUCAUGAUCUUCUAUCGCCUGGUCUUCAUUUUACAUGACACUAGCAAGACCAUCCAGAAAGCUGUAGCAUUCUCUUUGGGAUAUGGGUGCCCUCUUAUUAUAUCAGUCAUCACCAUAGCUGUCACUCAGCCGCAUGAUGCUUACAGAAGGAAAAAUGCCUGCUGGCUCAACUGGGAGAAAAGCAAAGCUCUCCUUGCCUUCGUUGUACCCGCGCUGAUCAUUGUGGCUGUGAAUUCAAUCAUUGCGGUAGUAAUCCUAGUCAAAAUACUAAGGCCUGCCAUUGGAGAGAAGCCAAGCAAGCAGGAGAGGAGCUCCUUGAUUCAAGCCAUCAAAAAUGUUGCCACUCUGACGCCACUAUUAGGCCUUACCUGGGGAUUUGGACUCGCAACCCUUAGCAAAGACAGCUCAAUAGUAUUCCAUAUACUAUUUACUCUCCUCAAUGCUUUCCAAGGAUUAUUCAUUCUGGUGUUUGGAACUCUCCGGGACAAGAAGGUAUUAGAAGCCUUGCUGAACAGAUAUUCAUUUGCAAGAUGGAGUACGCAGCAAACAAAGUCAAUGUCCCUGGGUGAUUCUGCCCCCGUUUUCUCCAUGAACUCUCAAGUCUCAGGAGCACUAAACAACUUAUUUGGCAAAACAGGAAAAUACAAAAUUUCUUCCACAGAAACAACAGGUUCGUUUAGUGAGCCCACCUCCAACACAUAUUCUCUGCUUCACUGAUGUGUUGCAAAUGUUGAACCAAGAAUGUGAGAAAGGACCUGCGUCUUUUUGCAAGCCAUACAUCAAAAGAAUGAAAAAAUACUCUAUGAAUCAUAGAGAAGUGGACAUCACCCAGACUGCACUGUGCCUUGGCGUGUUCUUUAACAAGCAUCCCUUCUAUUUAACAUGUUUGGAAAGUUCAUGAUGUGGAAUGUUAAAGAGACCACUAAUGCUAAAAGAAAUUUAAAAAUAUUCCACAUAGGGUCCAAUCCUAUGAUGGGCUCCCCCUAAUCUCAGUGAUAGUUGAAGGCGGUCAGCAUCAACGAGGAAGUGCUCGGCACUGUACAGGAUUGAGCCAUGAGACUACACUAAACUUCAAUGGUCUUAAUAGUUUCGCUUUGCCAAUUUUCUGAAUGAUGCCAAAUGCAUGCAUAUAUACAUCCAAGCCCUCUCUCUCCUACUUGCUCCUGUAGGGGGCAGAUGGUUUAGUAGUUUAAAUUUCUUGCUUGAGCUAUCUAGACUUCCUGGAAUGACAGGUUCAAACCCCAGAUGGGUUAGCUCAGUGCUGACCUUCUGAGACCUGGAGUACCCUGAUGAUUACUACAGGGAGGUCUGUCAGAUGUGACUUAACAACCUAAGUGUUUCUUGCUCUGGUUUAACACUGAAGGCCCUCUAUGGGACUUUUGUAAGAACAUGAUGGCUUACCUUAUAUCCUUAGCUAAAAUUCCCCCUUUCUCACUGGUAUGUUAUGUAUUAGAGAUGGUUGGUUGCUGCACUCCACCCUACAGGUGGCUGCAUUCCUGUGGUGAAUGUAUAUAAGGUCCCAUCAUAUAAGCGCUCAGUGAUCUUCCAUUGACAACAAUGGUAGGCCCAAACUCGGAGGGCUUGCAGGCUCAGUACUACCGUAAAACACUUUGACUGCCAGGCAGGAUGAAAGGUUUGUAAAUUAUUAUUACAGUGCUGAAUUUGUAGCUUCACAAUUGUUUCCAGGGCUGCAGAUUUUGAUGGCUUAAGCACAGGAUUACGAGAGUUGCCAAAGACAACAUUGUUUGCAAUCAAAGGAACACUCAUGGCCAAAGACAACAUUGUUUGCAAUCAAAGGAACUCUUCAUGCAAAAUUUGGCAUAAGGUAUUUCACAAAUUCAGCCAGUUCUGGAUUAGGGGCCAGAUUCACCGCCAUUAUCAAUGGGUGCAACUCCAUUUGGCCUCAGUGGAAUUAGGCCCACGUGUGCAUGGGGCAAAUUUGGUCCUGUGACUGCACUGUAGGAUGAAACCUGUGUUGUGGGGAGAGAGAUGUCACUGUUACAAGGGUGUGGGAUGGUAGCAGAAGGGAAAUAGAGAAGUAUUGGUCAAGCAAAUUCUUUAUACCACCAGCAAUUUAUUUUUGCUUUAAAGUCUCCUCCAGUGUGAAAGUUCUUCUUUGAAAUGACCUCCUUAUUCUCGGAGCUUAGGAUAGGUGUGAGAUAUUGUAAAUGGGUUGUAGCUUCAAUGGCUAACAGGAAAUGGAUCCUGCAGUAAUGAGAGCACUGUGGUGUGCUUGCCGAAUGACUCCGGCCUCAGAAUGAGGACAAAGAUCCUACUUCAGAGGAGUCCAUCCCUAUGCUGCUAAAGCACAAAGCAUGUGCUUCAUUUCAGGGGCUUUCUUCAGUCUCAUUGAUAUCAAAGUGUUUCAGGACUUUGCUGAGCAGGGACAGAUUUAAAUACGUGCUUAAGUGCUUUGCUGAAAAGGGACCUAAUGGGGAAUACAUAACAAGCACAUCCCCAGUGUUAGGGGGCUUUUUCCUUCACCCACGUACUUCCCUGGUCCUUCUCACAUGAACAGAGAGCAACAAUACCCGAAGUCCAAAGGUGCAAACAAUUUGAUGUUUAUUGGGGUGAACUUCCAGCAAGCAUGAUUCCAGUUUCCUUCCUUAGUGUCCCCCUUCCCAACGCAGAGCCUUACCUAUGUCCCUGUUCCCAUUCCCCCCCUUAGCAAAACAUGAUUCCAAUUUCCCCACCCCCAUUCCCUGUUCCCAUUUCCCCCACCACACACGCACACUUCCUGACUGACUGCAGACUAUAUUGUAAAACUUGAGUUCUGCUUAGCUAUACCUUAACCAAUCAUUUUCCUGAAAUUUAACUAACCAAUUCUAGCAUAUUGUAACAUGAUUAUUUAACCAAUUAUAUCCCACCACCUUAAUUAGUUUACACCCAGCAAAAUUAAUUAUACAGCAGACAGAAACAAUCACAGAACCAGACAGAGACCAUGCAAAUAAACGACAGCAAAGUGGGAACUAUAAAGACAAAACAAUACAGAAAUGAGGAUUUCACAUCCCAGCUAUUGAUAAGUGAGUUCUUGCCAGACAGGAUGCUAUCAAACUAAGUUUCCUUUUACAUCUUCUAGGCCCUUCCCUUUCUCUGGAGGCGAUAGGCAUUAUCAGGGCAGUAUUGUAUUCCUAGCAGCCCAAUAGCACCUGAUUUCAAUGUGACUGGUUUGGAAUGUGAGGAUGUGACCGGUCGCUUCCCAGCUUAGGGCUGCCUCUGCUGCUUAGCCUAAGAACAGGGCCUCAGACUGUCACAGUCAGAGAAGGCCCUUACACCGGCAGACAGUGAUUUUGAUUCUUUCUUUUAUACCUCUAUAACUAGCUAAGUGAUAAGAAUACACCUACAUUCUUAGAGUAUAGGCCUUUACAGACAGGCCUGACUAUCUAUAUCCUAACACCCAGCACAAGGAUGUGCGAUAAGACUGCAGUCAAGAUUCUCAGCCCUGCCUAAGUUCCCUAAAGCUGUCUCAAACGGGCAGCUGAGCACUUCCCCUAUGCAAGAGCAGUGCCAAGGUGUGGCCCUCGUGAAAGCAUCAACCCUGCCCUGUGGUGCUAAAUUUUUGACACUGAACUGCUGUCAAUAACCACAUCCACCUCGAGAUGUGCCCCUCGCCAGUUCCCCCGCAGCAUCACUGCAAGGUGGAUUGUGUAAUACGGGUUUUCUGUCCUCUGGGAAUGGGACUUUAUAGCAGAUCCCGAUGCCCUCAUCAAUCUGAGUGUGCAAGAACAGCUGCAUCUGCCUGGUUAAGCAUGGGAUCAAAAUGCUUUUUCACUGAUUAAUGGUCCAGGACCUUUGGGAAGGUGGAGUGGAGGGAACAAUUCUGAUUUGCACUACAUGGCUGUGCAAAGGAGAAAGGGGUUGUGAGAACUCCCUUUGGCCUGCACAUGGGCUGAUUGCAGUCUGGGUCCAAAUGCAUAAGAACAAGCAGUAUUACACUCUCCCUCCUUUUCUGGAGCAGGUGGCCUCGAAUGCUCAGAGCCUUGGUUCUACCGCUCCAACUUGCUGGCCACAGUAGCAGAGCCAGCACACGAAGGGUGGCAAAGGAGGGAAUUGUGACUCAAAGGGGUAUCCUUUGUGUUCCUCAGUGCUACCUGCGUAUGCCUAAAGUGCAGAUUUAGCCUAUAUCUGUAAAAUGCUUUGAGAUCCUCCAAAGGCGCUACAUCACAUAUGACAAAUGUAAGCCUUAUAACUGUGAUUGCUGACAUUUCCCUACAUAGAAUUGACCUGCAGAAUUAGUAAUUGCUCAACAAUUCUGGAGUUUAUACACUGUAAAAUUCACAUUUCAUUUCUGUGAACUAUGAAAACUGUUGUGCCAUGAUUUUUUCAUGACUCUGUCAUGUGCUAGCCAUCACAGCUUAGAGUAGGCUUGUUACAUUGCCCCAAGGAAGAUACAUUUAUGCAACAGCUGCAUUUUAGAAAGAUAAGUUUGUCAAGAAAAAUAAAACCCAUGUUUAACAUUCACACAGUCUCUUAAGGAUUGACAUAAGCUAACGGGUUAUUUAAACAACAUUAUCUAACAUCUGUCUGGAUAAUCCAGCCUUCUUUCCCUAGAUGGGGAUUCGGAAUUCAAAAACGUACAAUAAAGUGUAUUCAAAAUCUAGGGGAAUUUCCCUUAACCACUUCCCAUUCCAUUGCUUAAAAGAUUUUUCUUUGGGGCAAAUUCUGAUAAUUCCUACACAGCUUCUUUCAGUGUUAUUAACAAUCACUUCUAAAAAGGAAGGGUUGUAAAAUGUCUUCCAUUUGUAGGAUAACGUCUAUAGUACUUUACAAAUGAAAGCACUUUAUUUUUGUACUAUGAUUUUCUUCCUAAUACAGUAACUCCUCACUUAAAGUCGUCCCGGUUAACAUUGUUUCGUUGUUACGUUGCUGAUCAAUUAGGGAACAUGCUCGUUUAAAGUUGCACAAUGCUCCCUUUUAACGUCAUUUGGCAGCCGCCUGCUUUGUCUACUGCUUACAGAAAGAGCAGCCGGUUGGAGCUAGCUGGUGGGGCUUGGAACCAGGGUGGACUGGCAGCCCCCCUAUCAGCUCCCCGCCCAGCAGGCUAUUAAUUGCCGGGCAGUUCAGCUGUCCCUGCCCCCCACUGCCAUGUGCUGCUCCUGCCCUCUGCCUUGGAGUUGCUCCCCGGAGCCUCCUGCUUUCUGUGCAGAGUGAGGAUGAAGAGGGGUGCUAAUGUCAGGGUAGCCCCCUCUCCCCCCACUCCUGUACCCCCAUCUCCUGUACCGUAUCUCCCCUGGGGGGCGGGGAGGGGACACGACUCUACAGGGCUCAGGACGGAGGGCGCUUGCUGGCGGCAGCUGCUGUCUCAAUUUGAUAAUCUACUAAAAAAGGCAAUGUACUUAGAUUGGGGUCAGCAUACUUAAAGGGGCAAUGCGCGUCUCUCUCUCACACACAGGGUGUGUGUCUCUGUCUCUCUCUGCCAUGCUGUCUCCCCUCCCUCCAUUCGUGCUGCCUUGUAGAGUGUGAGGCUACAUUAACAACGUGUUGAGGGCAAGUUCAUCCCACCCUCUGACUUCACCACUUCAACCAAGCUUCACAAUCAUCACUGCUGUGUACAGUAUUAAAUUGUUUAAAACUUAUACUGGUUUAUAAUAACUACAGUGUUAAGCGAGGCGUUACUGUUUACAGUUUAUAUCUCAAAAGUGUAAAAGAACGCAAAAGCAUGCAUGCUUACUGUGCACAUCUAUAUCUUUCACUGUUAAUUGUUAAUAAAAUCUGUUUGCAUACAGCUCAAA